ACGGUCCAUCAUUCCCACAAUCGCCGAACCAAUAUGGACCGCAGCAGCAGCAAUUCCCCAUGAACCCAUUUUACAACCUCCAUACCCCACUGCCCCCAACUUCCUACCACUGGUCCCAGCAACAUCAACAACCACAGCAGCAGCAGCAGCAGCAGACACCAUCCUACCUCUCCUACUCCCAAGAAAAAACCACCCCAGCACCUGCCCUGACCAGCACAUCAUACAAAACCGCACAAUCCGGCUGGCCAGCGACUCCCUCCUACGCCCACUUCACCCCGCCCGAUCCGCAACCCCGACUGCCGGCACCACGAGCAAGGAAGGAUGAAAAGCCAGAUAUGGACGAGGAAACCUGGCUCCGGCUGAAUGGUGGGAAAUUGCUAGGCACGAAUUUGAAACCCCCAGAGACACCGGAGGAGAUUGAGGAGUGGAUCCGCGAAAGGCGGAGGAGGUUUCCUACUAGAGAGAGGGUUGCUGCUAAGGUCAAGGAGGAAGAAGAAAAGAAAAGAAAGCUCGCUGGAGCUUCUGACGCUAGCGCGGAGACGGUACGUGCCCAGGCUCCCGCCACGUCCCGUCAGGCGCUAGCUACCGCCCAGCAGCCCAGUCAACAGAAGCGCAAACGCACCGAGCAGGACCCCGGCAACGACUACCCCUCAGAUUCCUCACUGGACUCAGACGCAGACACAAACUCCCAAUCCUCCUUCCCGGAAGAACUACCCACUUCCAAAAAACCACCCCCCCCUUCCCCCACCGCAUCUACACCGUCACGGAAGAAAUCCACAAAACAAGCCGCUCUAUGCCGCGUAUUCAGGACCACAGGAAAGUGUAGAUUCGGGGAGGGGUGUCGGUAUAGACAUGUUCCUCCUGAGGGUAAGCGAAAGAAGGGGGGGGAGAGGAAAGGGGCCAAGUCGCUUUAUCAACGGUUACUCGACCAAGAUAGAGAGAAAGAGAAUGAAAUUGUUGUCAGCGCUGUUCGGUACCUGUUUGAGAGGGGGGCGCUGAGCGUGUCUGAGGCUGGGGGUGGGAAGUAA